AUGCCGGCAACGACUCGACGACAGGCAUCGUCUUUAUCUCCUCGGGUGGUGCGAGAGAUGACCCCGUCGCCUCGGUACAAAGGCGUUUUGAAAAACUCUGGAUUUAACUUUUUACCCGAUGGGAAAAGUUUUCACGUUUUCGGGAUGAUGUCGAGAGAGUUGGAACUCAUCGUUUGCUGUGUGGGCGUGUUCGUGUCGUUUAGCUUAUUCGCGGUGAUGCAAGAGGACGUGUACGAAGCGCAAGGAGAAAACGGAGGGGAGAGGUUUUCGAUGACGUUUUUUGCGCUCGUGUUCGAGCGAGCGGUGAACGCGUUGUGCGCGUUGUUGGCUAUUUUUGUCUUUGGUGGGAGUGGGUAUAAACUGCCUCUGAAGGAAAUUUUUCACAGCGGGUCGUCGCAGAUGUUAGCGAUGGCGGCGUCGAACGAGGCGUUGAGGUACGUCAGUUACCCGACGCAGGUUUUAGGGAAGAGUUGUAAGAUGGUUCCCGUCAUGCUCGGUGGGUUGGUUUUAGGAGGGAGGAAGUUUUCGAGGUUUCAAUAUCUCUCGGUCGCGUUUGUUACGUUUGGCGUAUUUUUGUUCAACUACGGCAAAGCGUCGUCGUCGAGCGGGAAGUCUGCGAGUGUGACGGAAAACUCCACGUACGGUUUGAGUUUGAUUUUCUUGUCCUUGGUGUUCGACGCCAUUACCGGCGGGUUGCAAGAUAAAGUUAAAACGAGCACGAAAGUUUUAAAUCCGAGUCACCGAAAAACGGCGAAACCGAGCGCGCACGAGAGCAUGUUGUAUACGAACUUAUCCGGAGCCAUCGUCGCGUUGGUCUUUGCCAUAUUGACGGGUCAAAUCACCAGCGGUUUCGCGUUUUGCGCGAAAUACCCGAAAGUUUUGAAAGCGAUCGUGUGUUAUUCCUUAGCCUCCGCGGUUGGCCAAAAUUUCAUCUACCACACCAUCACGAGCUUUGACGUUUUAGUCCUCACCACGGUCACGACGACGAGAAAGAUUUUUAGCACCGUCUAUUCGGUAUUUAGAAACCCAAACCAAACGUUAACGAACAUCCAAUGGACCGGGUGUUUCAUCGUGUUUGCGUUUUUAGGAAUGGAAACCGCGGAGAAGGUCCACAGGAGCAGGAAUAUAAACGCCGCGCGAGGCCGAGCGAAGCUCGUGUGA